AACAAAGUGGAGCGGGUGGUUCUUUGAGAAGAAGGUGCUGUUACUGUUCUUUGCCAAAUGCUCUGUCAAGAAGUGUAAAUCUGUAUUUGUCAAAGUUUGAAGAGGUAGUAACUAGCUGGAUGAGUUAAAGAUAAUGAUGUGGACACUGCAUGUCUUUCUGCUAGGACUGAGCUGCACCAGCCAAGUGGCGUCCAGCGACCCGUGGGGGCAGUGUCCUGCCAGCAGAAAAUGUAAAGACAAAUUUAGGGACGGGUCAUGUGACAGGGAGUGCAUGGAGCCCGAGUGUCUGCGGGAUGGAAUGGACUGCCUCAAGGACAGGGGACGCUGCAAUCUGGGACACAUCCCGUACUGCCGCAACCACUACGCCAACUCUCAGUGCGACAAGGGCUGCGACAGUGCCGCCUGCGGGUGGGACGGUGGCGACUGCUCGGCCCAGCAAAGCGCCCUGUGGGCCAAAGGAACCCUGGUGGUCCAUACCGCUAUCCCGCACAAAGGGGGCAAUUUCGCCAACACGUCGUUGCUGUGGGCACUCAGUGUCCUGCUGCGAACUCCCCUGGCCCUGAGAGGCUUUGCGCCUCUGGGCAUCGACAGGAGCUUGUUUGACUUUGACCCCCAGCAGCUCGUGGACCUGCUGGCUAAGACGUCAGCAGGCGACUCCAAUGGCUCCCUUGUUUUUCUCCAAGUGGACAACCGUCCAUGUUCCCGCCAGCCCUAUACCUGUUUUCCUCACGCCACUGAGGCGGCCAGCUUCCUGCGGGCCGCCACCUCCCGGAGGUCCACCGCCUAUCUCGCUGCCUAUCCGGCUCUGCCAGACCUGAAAGCCAUCAUCGCCAUUCGAGGAGUCCAGGACGAAAUAGGGAGCCGUGACGAGCAGGAGGGGGAGUGGACCAAGAAACAGGAAGUUGAAGAGCCAACGCCCGCAUGGUUGUGGGCUGUGGUUGCCAUAGCAACGAGCAUGCUGUUGGCCCUAGCUCUGGUAAUCUUCCUGGUGGUGAGGCGGGUGAGGCGGCAGAGGCGGCAGAGAGAGGGGGGAGGUCACGCGGCAGGAGGCCAGCGGGUGAGCCACCGCUCCACCAGCACAAAUGGUAAACCCAAGGCCUGGACACCAAACGCCACCCAGCAGGAGGCCAGAGGGAGGCCGGGCCAGGAUAGAGACAAAGACAAGACGGGCCUCAGGAAGAAGAAGAAGGCCAAGGAGGCCGAGAAGAAGAGGAGGAGGGAACCCCUGGGAGAGGACGCCAUUAGGAUGAGGCCGCUCAAAAGGGAUCAGGACCUGGCCAGUGACACAGAUGUCACGCAGAGCUCCCUGGAGGACGUGAGGACGUGUGGACGCCAGGAGGACAUCAAACACUGCAGGACGGGAGGAUCGCAACCACGCAGGCCACUGCCAACUUCCUCCAGAGGCUGGGACCGGAACGCCAUGCCUCCACCUCUGCUCAGUCCUCCUCAGCAGUCUGCAGAAUGGUGCGGCCCAGAUGGCUCUGUGGUUCUGAUCCGUGCUGUGCGCAGUGGACUGGACCGAGUGGUUCUGGAGCUGCUCAGAGCUGGAGUGUCUGUCAACAACACGGAUCAUACUGGGAGGUCGGCCCUGCACUGGGCAUGCUCAGUGAACCACCUCUCCCUGACCAGGACGCUUAUUCGCUAUGGUGCCGCUGUGGACCUGCAAGAUAAUAAGGGUGAGACGCCACUUUUCCUCUCCGCCUUCUACGGGUGCUACGACACCGCCAGGCUUCUGCUCCUCCACGGCGCCAACCUGGAGCUCCACGACCGCAGGGGGCGCCGUCCCAUAGCCGUAGCCAGGGAAGGCCUGCACCACCAAGUCCUGGAGCUCCUGCUGGCCCACCAGAUCCAGAGGGAGCCCACCACCGUGGACGCAGCCAGUGACAUGCUGUGGGAGGAGCGGGCACUGAUGUACUCUCCGUGGGUCGGGACGCAAGGACGGAGUGCCUCUUUCUCCGGAAUAAUGGCACAUCGGGAUAUGACAUCGCCACAGAGUAACUGGUCCAUGGGUGGCGUCCAAUACCCGUCCCCUCAGAACUGGCGACCGCAGCUCAACCAAUCGGCAACCGCUCUGGUGCCCCCCAGAGUCAUGGGCCGCUCCCCCCGGCCUAUCAGCACCUUGCAGGAGGUCACCUCAGAGGAUGAGGACCGGGAGAGGCAGCAGGAAGCCCCCAGGGCAAUGACGCCUCACUUCCUGUCACCGCAACCGGCCCCCCGGCAGCGUUCUUUCUCGUGUACACAGCAUGCAUUGCAGCGCCGCUCCAGUUCCCACCAGAUGGAACCCAACUACGUGAUUGUGACUGAAAGGACAGCCAACGAGCACAUAGAACGAGUCAUUGUGUCUCCUCCGCCGGAGCCCCCGACCCAGUCGGACCGCCGGACGCUCAUGAAUGGCGGAGGCAGUGAUGUAAGUGGCAGAGCGGAGCAAGCUAAUGUUAGCACCUCAGGUCCGGAGCCCAAAUCUCGGGGAGAGAGGUCAAACAACGCCACCGACGCCACACAGACAGCCUUGUAGAGAGGUGCAAGCAAUCUCGUUGAACAAUAUGCAAAUACAGUGAACCCUCAUUUAUCGCAGGGGUUACGUUCCAGACACACAUGCGAUAGAUCAAAAUCUGCAAUAUAGAGAGACCAUAUUAAGAAAACAUUUCAAACACAUUUCAUCAAUUGAUUGAAACACACUUAAUCUGAAUGUAAUUGACAUAUGAAAACAUGAUUGCUUCAUCAAAGAAACCACAAUCUCAGGGUGGGGGUGGGGGUGGAUGGAGGGGGGGGGGGGGGUUGCAACACCAGACUUCCUUUGCAAAGUCAGCCCAGUUCAAUGCAGUGGUGCAGCGUGGGGGUGGGAUUAUAGUGUUUUGGCAACAAACUCCGCUGCCACUGAUCAACCUGAAAGCUCAUAUUUGUCACAAUUUAGCAUCUCUGUCAAAUAUAAGUGGUUAAAUCUUUUCUAGCAAUCAGACCAAAUUUCUUAUCGUAGUUGUCUUUCAAAGAGCCUUGAACUUCAAAUCAAAAAUGGCAGACUUCCUGUGUCUUUGUUUAGCACAGCUUUUGAGGUUUUUUAUGAGUCGACUCAUGAGAGACAUUCCUACCAAAUUUCAUGUGGUUAAGUGAAACUGACUUCGGGGGCUGAAUGUUUGUUUCAAUCCAAUGGGUGCAAAGGAAGUCUAAAAUGGCUGCUUCCAACCAAGAUGCCAGACUUCUUGUUCUUUUUCAGACAUGGCUUCUUGAGACUUUUUGUGUAUUGACUCAUGAUGGACAUACCUACCAAAUUUAAUGUUUCUAUGUGACACUAGCGUCAAGGGCUGGAUUAGUUUUGGCUCUCUUCUGCGUGGGUAGACACAAAAGAACAUACUUUAGCCGUAAAGGGGCAAAUUAUUUGGCAACCCACGCUACGCCACUGCUUUCCUGCAAAAAACUCUCUAGAACAGCCAAAGCCAAUGUAUAUAUAACCUCGCUUGGUGGUCUUUAUUACGUUAUCAUCCGAUGUGCAUUAAUUGAAAGUAAUAUGAAAUAUAUUUGUACAAAAUGA